CUGUGAAGAGAUCUGAGAAAGAGAAGGACAAAACCGAGACUAAAGAGGCUAGACUCUUUAGGACAAGAUGCUGAAAUGGAUGAAGAAAGGGAAAAAGAAAAAGAAAGGCAAGAAAAAUGGCUCAACUUCAUCUGCUUCCCAUGAAACGGUUUCAACUUCAGAAAGCCAAAGAACAAAAGCCAGUUCUGAUAUAGGUGUACAGGCAGAGUUUUCUCCGAUUAGGGCUAUCCCUUCACUUUUACAGCCAUCACAAGAUACUGAAUCUAAUGUAACAAGGAGUAACCAAGAGUCAACGGCAAGAAUCUCAUUACAAAGAGUCCAGCAGAGCAGUGAGGACGAGGAGGGGGGUACAACAGCAGAUGAAAGUGCUACAGUGUCCGAAUCAGAAGAUGAAGGACACAAGCAACCUCUUUCUCAAGCAAGAACUCAUAGUGCAGACAUAGAGCAAACAGCAUCCCCAAUAUAUGCCAAGGUUUCUAAGAUAAGGAACAGUAUGCCACCAGCGAUACCGCAGAGAAGCAAAACCACUGCCCUUUCAAAACCAAGAGAGAUCAAGAAAGAUGUAUCAUUUAGCAGUCAUUCAGGAGACAGUCAAACGCAGCAAGGAUUCAACAGAACAAAUAAACCUCCUUCAUAUCCACAGCAUGGCAAUGACAGCAACCAGAAAAGAUAUAAGAAUUCUGGAUCUAUUGUAGAAGUAAUAACACAGGACUCUAAUGAAAUAAUCCAACUGCCAGAUGAACAUACCAGCGAGGAGGAAGAAUAUACUACAGUUACAGCAUCAGAGGAUGAAGAGCACAGACAACCUUUUCAUCAUACAAGAACUGGCAUAGAGCAAGGGACUCUUCCAAUGAGAUCAGAGAGUGACAAUAUACAAUCAGCCUUGCAGAGGGACAAUACUAGCAGUUUACGAAGCAGAAAAGAAGUUUCUUUUAGCAGCCGUUCCUCAAGAGACAGUCAAACGAGAGCAGCAAAUAGACCCGAAGUAUCAGAUUUUGGAAUCAACAUAGCCUCGUCAUCUCUUCACUCUCAACUAGUACAGAGCAUUCAUUCACCAGCAACGAGUGUACUGCUAUCAGAAGGAAGUAGAGGAGGAAGACUAGAAGAAAGAGGAGAGAGCAGGGAAGGAAUACCAAUAGAAGUUGAGGUUGAGCAUGAAGGAGAGCCAGAGCCCCAGCCAUUCCCUACCCUACCAGUAUACAGUUUAAACAAAACAACAGAACUGAAAUCAGGCGAUAAAACUUACUUCCUCACUAGGAAAGGACCGGAUGGUUCAGAAGAGCACUUCACAGCAACAGUCCUCACGCCUUCUCCAUCGCCACCAAAACACUUCCUAAAGCAGCAAAGGAGCUUAUCAAUUCCUUCAAUAGGCACCCCACCUCUUACUAGCACUCCCAUUAGACCAGCCAUCAGUGCCCAUGUAGGAAUAAGCAGUGAUCAUGAGAUUCAUACUGCCAAUCAUCCUUCUAAUGAACAAACUGAUACUGGGUUUGAGAUUCAUACUGCCAAUCGUCCUUCUGAUGAACAAACUGAUACCGGGUUUGUAUCUACCAGGAAAACAAAAGUAUCCAGAGAGCCAAGCAGCUAUACUGUAUCUACACAAACAGAAAAUCGAUCACAAUAUAUUCAGAAUGAGACUGCUGACUCACUGAGGACAUCACUUGCUCUAAUAACUGCUGAUCUAUCAACAUACUCUCUACUAGGAUCAGAAUCAGAAUUGUCACUUGAUGAAGCAUCAGUUGAGCAGAUUCUACUUCAGCUACCAACCAGAUUGACUGGUGCUCUAAAGUCACUUAAUGAAACGAUAGCAUGGAAAGACAGGCAAUUACACUCUCAUCAAAAUGAAGUUAUGAGGUUGAAAAAAGAACGCGAUAGUCUCAAAUACGAGAAACAAGUAUCAGCCAAAUUUACUGAGAAACAAUUUAAUGGAAUAAUGAAUGAAAAAAAAGACUUAGAAGAAAAGUGUGCCAGUUUGAAAGCUGAAAGGGAUGAGCUGGCUGAUUCUGUUGCAGUACUCAAAGAAAAGAAAAAGAGAAAUAAAGAGUCCCACAAAUUAAGAGUGUCGUCAUUGCUAGAAGAAUCAAGGAGACUGACUAUAGAAAGAGAUGCAAUUAAAAAAGAUUUAGAAAUGAUGCACGAGAGCCACGAGCAGUUGCAAAAACUCCUCCAACAAAGGAAAGAGAGAGUUCAACAAAAUGAGCCUCUUCUGGUUCCAGCUGGUGCUGUACCAGCAAUACCAUUCAAAGAACACAAAAAGACAAUAAAAGAGUUUGAAAGUCUCGUUCAAGAUGUUAUAGCUAGUUCAAAGAGCAAGAAGUACAUCAAUUCCUUAAAAGGAGAAACAAUGAGUCUAAAAGCACAAUUGAACAACAUACAAGAUGAAUGUGCAGCAAUAAAAUCAGAGCAAAGGGACUACGAGAGACGAAUAAAAAGAUUGCAGACAGAUCUCCAUCAAGCAAGAGAAAGAGAGGUGAUGGUGGCCAGUGAGCUUUCACGAGCUAUUAGAAGCUCCGAGUCCUUAUCACCAGAGAAAUCGGUUGAAUUAUUGCCUGGAAGAUCUUUCGAUCGAUUGAAAUAUCAUAAACGAAAACUGUAGCCAUUCAUAGUAAUUAUUAUCAUAAUCAAUUUUUUAAAUAUUUAAAAUAAGAGCUAUUUAUUUUAAUACAACGAUAUUUAUUUGUUUUUAAAAUUACAUCUAUGUAAGAAACAAAAAAAUAAUAAAGCCACAACCUAUGAAGAACACAAUAAAAAGUUACAGUUUCUUCUUGAUUG